CCUUAUUUUCCUGUUUUAUAUCUUGCAUGUCUUCUCUUCUUUUCCCUGCAUGGCUGCUUCCCCCCUUCGGUCAGCAUGCAGAUUUUCAAGCCUUGUGGUAUCGGUUCGCUUGCGAGCACGAAUUUCUUUUUCCUAGAUCGACACUUCUCUCAUGAUGUAACCAAAAUCAAAAAUGGAUCAUUUAACUGCAAACAUGAUUUGUCUUCGCUCGUGUGGUUAAUCUCCCUGUGACGAUUGAGUUUUACUCUUACAAUUGGGCCAUUAAGAUCGAUGAAAUCUGGCACAACGCAACAUACGAUGAACACGGCAAUCAGCCAAAGGACUCGAUUAAGACGAGUAUUAUCGGUCUGGAACUGCCAUGAACAACACUGAUAGCCCAAGUUACCACUUUCUGUGAGACUUAGAGAACGGUCAUGGAAAUCGCGGACGUGAGGCAAUCGAACCGACCAGAUCUUGAUGGUGUAUUCUGGUGUCACUAUAAUCAUUCUAUAUCUGGACCGUCACUCGGGUAAUGUCGAUUUGUUUCGAAGACGAAUGCACUUAAUGUAACAGGCCGUGUCACAGGACAUGUAUUCAUCGUCUCCUGCAUCCGUUCGGGUAAUAUCAAUUUAUUCACAAUGGGUGGUCCAAAGUGUGUCACGUCCGUGCCAACUCGUGCUCAAUAUGCAACCUAAUGUAUGCCAGUCACAGCGACAGGGUCCAACUUUCCCCUCAAGACCCUACUGUACGGUGUUUGUUGAUACUGGAGGCAACCUUGGUUUGCACGAUGGGCGGUGGUCGUGCAAUUGAGCAAUUCGGAUUCAGAGGUAUGCAGUUUGCUUGUGUACGACGCAUGGCAGCAAACACUCUGUUUCGAUUCACAGGUGACGCUGGCUCCUCCUGUGGGCAGCUUCCUCAUUGGGCGACUGCUGUGUCUGCCAAGCUCCAUGUAAUCCCCUCCAGCUCGAUGCCUAUUUUCUCAGCCCUACAAUUCUCAACCAGCACCACAGCACGCGACGACAACCACGGAGACAGUACCUCUGCAAAGCAGCUGUAUGCCACCCAUUAGUUACUAUUCAUCCUCACCUUGAUCGCGCGCAGGGAGCCUCGGCCUUCCUUUCGCCUCUCGCCGCCACCGCAGCAGGGUCCUUGCUCCCCUCCCCACUCGCCCCUCGUUGCUACUCUCUCUCUCCAACCUAAACCCUUCUCCUACGCCGCACUUGCGAAUCCCACCCAAGAAUUCCGCCCACCAUGGAGAGCACCCCACAGAGCGGGUUCGACCAAACCAAAUACCUUGACAAUGCUAUCCGCGCUGUCAAGGAGAAGAAGCCUCUUCCCGAGAUCGACUUCACUCUACACACCAUGGAAGACGGUACCCAAGUGAACACUCUCGAGCGAGUCUGCAAGGACGUCCAGGCGCCCGCCUUCAACCCACCAACCGAAGAUCAGUUCCUGUCGCCGCAAGACCGCGAAAAGCCCAAUCUUCAGUUCCUGAAGCAACACUUCUACCGCGAGGGCCGUUUGACCGAAGAGCAAGCGCUAUGGAUUCUCAAGAAGGGCACCGAGGUCCUGAAGGCGGAGCCCAAUUUGCUGGAAAUGGAUGCGCCUAUAACAGUCUGCGGUGAUGUGCACGGCCAGUACUACGAUCUCAUGAAGCUAUUCGAAGUAGGCGGCGACCCAUCGGAGACGCGCUAUCUUUUCUUGGGAGAUUACGUGGAUCGUGGAUACUUCAGCAUAGAAUGUGUCCUUUACCUUUGGUCGCUCAAGAUCUGGUACCCAAACACGCUAUGGCUUCUCCGCGGAAACCACGAAUGCCGACAUUUGACGGAUUACUUUACUUUCAAGCUCGAAUGCAAGCACAAAUACUCGGAAGCUGUGUACGAGGCAUGCAUGGAGUCGUUCUGUUCCUUGCCACUCGCCGCUGUCAUGAACAAGCAGUUCCUGUGCAUACACGGUGGAUUGAGCCCAGAGCUCCACACCUUGGAAGACCUGAAGAGCAUUGAUCGAUUCCGGGAACCCCCUACCCAUGGAUUGAUGUGCGACAUCCUGUGGGCCGAUCCGCUCGAGGAGUUCGGUCAAGAGAAAACCAACGAUUUCUUCAUUCAUAACCACGUCCGUGGUUGCUCGUAUUUCUUCUCAUACCCAGCGGCAUGUGCGUUCCUAGAAAAGAACAACCUACUGUCCAUCAUUCGAGCCCACGAGGCCCAAGAUGCUGGUUAUCGCAUGUACCGAAAGACGCGGACCACGGGAUUCCCUAGUGUCAUGACCAUCUUCAGCGCACCCAAUUACCUCGAUGUAUACAACAACAAAGCUGCGGUUCUAAAGUACGAGAACAAUGUCAUGAACAUUCGGCAGUUCAACUGCACGCCUCACCCUUACUGGCUACCCAACUUCAUGGAUGUCUUCACGUGGUCACUUCCGUUCGUUGGCGAAAAGAUCACCGAUAUGCUCAUCGCUAUCCUGAACACUUGCUCCAAGGAGGAACUUGAAGAGGAGACACCCAGCUCUAUAUCCUCUGGCCCAAUAUCACCACCAUUGGCACAGAACAUGGACCCAGAAUCAACCGAAUUCAAGCGACGUGCGAUCAAGAACAAGAUCUUGGCAAUUGGCAGGCUUUCCCGCGUCUUCCAAGUGUUGCGCGAAGAAUCAGAGAGGGUUACUGAGCUGAAGACGGCAUCUGGCGGUCGACUUCCUGCUGGUACUCUCAUGCUCGGUGCCGAAGGCAUCAAGCAAGCCAUCCACAGCUUCGAAGAUGCUAGGAAAGUGGAUCUUCAGAACGAACGGUUGCCCCCAAGCCACGAGGAAGUACGAAAGUCUCAUGAAGCAAGCCGAGAGCAGGCUCUCGAGAAAGCAAGCAAGGAAGCCGACAAUGAUGCAGGCCUUGCUACAGUAGCCAGGAGGAUCAGCAUGUCUUCGGGAUCCGGACGCAGCAAGAAAGCCUAGUAGUAAUCUGGUCUGACUUGGAACAAUUUGAACAACAUUGGUCUUACUCUCUCUCUCUCUCUCUCUAU